UGCACCGGCAGCGCUCACGGCGGCGCCCGCCCGGGCGCUGAGUGACCGGCGAGCCGUCGGACCCCCAGUCCUUGGGGAUGCAGCGGGCUAGGGGGCUGUUACCUGCCUGGCAUUUCUCGCCGAGGGCAGGAUGCAAGAUCUGCUCAGUGAUGACCUGGUAGGGCUGCCUAGUUUGGUGUGGGGCAUCCGGAGAGGGGAUGCUUUCGGUGUAAGGGUGACGAGCGACCGGGGGACGCCGUGGCAACGAAUUUCCUUGGGGUGCAUGAAGGUGACUUCUCAGAAGUAGUUUUUGUGCCGCCGGGCUCGGAGGAGGCACCAUUCUCAAUCACUGUUUGGAACUGUGGUGGCUGGACCCCUUCUCUUGUCACCCACUUAGAGGGAUAGAGAGACUUCUGUGCAUCUGAGGGGGAAGCCAGGGAGGUGCAAACUGGUUAAUGUGACUUUCUUCCAACACAGCCGCCCUACUUUUCUCCCUCCCCAGUUGGCCUGGCAGGUGCACCGCCCUGGGCAUCAGCAAAAUCGUUUCUGGGGACGCUGGGGUGCUGCUGGCUGCGCUCCACACACCUCGGCAGGGGCUGUGCACAGGGGGAUGUGACGGUACCGGGGUGGCUGAGUGCCAUGCGGCAGUGGCAGGGAGGGGGGUUCCAGAGCUGGUGGCAGAAGUGCCUUCUACCAACAUCUUAGAGAGAAAGCAUCAAGAAACCAAUUAUAAAAGGAAAAUUACAGUUCAGCAAGCGGCUCCAUUGAAGGGUCCCCUGCGCGUGUCUGGGAAGCGCACAAAGAACCGCAGCUCCCUGGCAGCUCCCGGGCAGCACUGCCUUGACAUCCACUGUCUUGUUGGAGCUGUCCUGGAAGCAGGGGUCAGAGCCUACUGUAACCGUCAGGCUGGCAAGGAGCUACCUUUUCGGUGCUCCAGAGGAGCUGGAGCAGGAGGAUGGCCACUGGAGCAUCCCUUGGCGGCGGCAGCCGAGGCAUCCCCGGCACGAGCCGGCACCUUUGUCUCCGCCAUCCUCUCGCCACCCUCCGGUGCCUCCCGGCCGGGCACACACCAGCUGCCGGCGCCUGUGGACGGCCGCGAUGUUUAAAAUAAAACUGGAGCCUUUAAAAAUGACAGCGUGGACUCUGAAUGUGUUCGUAAAGUUUCGGAAUAAGUACUCGGCUCCCGGCAGCGUCGCCGUCAUGGGGAAGGACUAUUACAAGAUUUUGGGCAUCCAGACCGGUGCCAAUGAGGAUGAAAUCAAGAAAGCCUAUCGGAAAAUGGCCCUGAAGUACCACCCUGACAAAAAUAAAGAUCCCAACGCUGAGGAGAAGUUCAAGGAGAUUGCAGAGGCUUAUGAUGUUCUGAGUGACCCCAAGAAGCGAGCUGUUUACGACCAGUACGGAGAGGAAGGUCUCAAAACCGGAGGUGGCUCUUCAGGCGGCUCAGGGAACACUUUCCACUACACUUUCCAUGGAGACCCCCAUGCGACGUUUGCAUCCUUCUUCGGAGGUUCCAACCCUUUUGACGUCUUCUUCUCUACCAGCCGCUCCCGCAUGUUCAAUGGCUUCGACCAGGAUGAUGCAGAUACCAACGAUGAUGAUGACCCUUUCAGUGCCUUCAGCCGGUUCGGCUUCAGUGGCAUUAACGGGAUUCACCGGAGGCACCAGGAGUCCCUGCACACGCGGAGGAAGAUUCAAGACCCACCCAUCAUCCAUGAGCUCAAAGUGUCCCUAGAAGAGAUCUACCAUGGCUCCACCAAGAGGAUGAAGAUCACGCGCAGAAGGCUCAAUGCUGAUGGCCGGACCACGCGGACUGAGGACAAGAUACUCAACAUUGUCAUCAAACGAGGUUGGAAGGAGGGAACCAAAAUCACAUUCCCUAAAGAAGGGGAUGCCACUCCAGACAACAUCCCUGCUGACAUCAUCUUCAUCCUCAAGGACAAGCCUCACUCGCAUUUCAAGAGGGAUGGGACAAAUGUGAUCUACACAGCAAACAUCAGUCUUAAAGAGGCCUUGUGCGGCUGCACCGUGAACAUUCCCACCAUCGAUGGGCGGGUGAUCCCGCUUCCCUGCAGCGACAUCAUCAAGCCAGGAACAGUGAAGAGACUUCGUGGGGAGGGGCUGCCCUUCCCCAAGGCUCCCUUCCAGCGAGGAGACUUGAUUGUGGAGUUCAAAAUCCGCUUCCCUGACAGGAUCGCUCCUCAGACAAGACUGAUUCUCAAGCAGCACCUCCCUUGUUCCUAGAGCCUGGGGAUACUCCUUCAAGCAGCAAUACUCCAAACGCACGUGCCACAGCACCUCGCCCGCCUGGAGCAGAGGUGCCACAGCACUUUCAAAUGCAAAAAACCCCAACAUUCACACCACUUCCCUUCUCCAAAAGAAACACCCAACCCACAUUCUGGCCAUCCCACCCCCACCGUUCAUCCCUCCCCACAUCCAUCUCUCUUGGCCGGUUUUCUACUCCAGCAGCAGAGAGGCUUCUGCCCAUCACAGCUCUCUUGGCUGCCAAACUUGUGGUUUUUUUUCCCCCGGAGGUCCAGCUUUUCCACUUCACACACGGUGAGCAGCGCAGGUCCUUUGCCCAGCGAGGUGCAUCACAGUGUGAGGGGUUUUUUUAACAUCACCUGCUUCUCAGGCCACUUCUGCCGUGAGAGGCUGGGCUUGCAGGGGUCUGGCAGUGUAAAUAGGACUCUGCAGAAUCUGGCACCCCCAGUGAUGAUUUUUCUCUUCCCCACUUUGAUACUUGCUGCUGUCUGGGGUGCCGGCUGUACCACGGUGCCGAUCGCUCCUGCCCGUGGUUCGCCCCCUUGUAGCUGGACUGUUUCUCACCCGGGACCACGGUACCGAGUCCGACCGUGGUCCGCUCUCCUGUGCCAAGCCUACAACCGAGCCUCAGCUGUGCCAAGAGACAGAGCACGUGGGGACGGUCCCAUCCAGAUUCCUGCCUCUGCCUGGGGCUGUCCCCGGUGCCUGUGGGCAGCGCCUGCCUGCACCCGCUGCCCACAAGGAUUGGGGGGGGGGGG